UGGAAUACCUAUUGGUAUUUUAUUGGAAUAUUGGUAUUUAAUAUAAUGGUAUUUAAGUGUUGGUGCUGGUGUAUUUCAUAUUAAUUCAAAGACACCCAUUUUGGGUGAAUUAUUACGUACAACUUGUUCACCUGACGAAGUUUGUUUAUCAGAUAGUGUACCAGAAGUUGGUGAAAAAUAUCCUAAUCGGCAACUCGAAGUUAUUUUACGUACAACUGUAACUCCACAAGUAAAAUUAUCCAAUGGAACAGCAACAAUUCGUUUAGAAGGUCGUGCUUUUUUCUUCUUAGAAGGAACAUCAAUUAAAGUCGGUAAAAUUCCAUUCGAAACAAUCGCGACAUUUUUCUUUUCAACAAUUCAUGAUCGUCUUACUGGUUCAAUGGCUAUAUCAAAAUUAAUCUUCAAGAAAGAUGUCGAUUUUUUUGAUUUACCCGUUGAUUCAUUAAAUGGAUUACGUGAUGCAACAAAAGGUGCUACAUUAAAUUUAUUAAAUACUCUUCUUAAAAAAGGUCUUCCAUUAAAUAAAACUAAAGAUUUACAAAUAUCCGAACCGCUAAUAAAUAUUGUUCAUGGUGCAUUUAUUAUACAAGUAAAUUUUGAUUUAGAACGUGAUUUUUAUAAUAAAUCUUGA